GCCGGAAAAUCCCGACGCCAGUUUCCCACGCUUUCUUUCCUUUGAUUUUUCCCUCAACCCAAACUAUACUUAAUCCCCCCUUCAAUGGUUUCUUCCGUUUCUCUCCUCCGACGGGAAAAGUUCUGAUUUUUACGUUCAUUAAAUUGUGUUCUGUGAUGGUGGGAUCGUGAUCGGUUGUAGGAAGAAGGAUGACGAGGAAAGGCCCAGGACCAAUACCAGGGGGCUACGUUCUCUGGUUCGGCUGGAAGUUUGUCAUCGUCCUCUCUAUGGUGCUUUGCGUCGUUGCUCUCUUCCAGCUCCAUUUCCACGACGAUAUCGCGUCUCCGAACUCUUUAUCUUUUGCGGGGACGGGAUCUCGAAUUUUCGAGGAUAACUUCGAUGGAAAUCCUAAGAUCGCCUUCCUCUUCCUCGUCCGUCAGGAUCUGCCUCUUGAUUUUCUCUGGGGCAACUUCUUUGAGAAUGCCGAUAUUGGGAGUUUCUCGAUUUAUAUACACUCGGAACCUGGGUUCGUGUUUGAUGAGUCGACUUCACGGUCGCAUUCCUUUUAUGAUCGCCAAUUGACUAAUAGCAUUGAGGUGGCAUGGGGUGAAUCAAGCAUGAUAGAAGCGGAGAGGUUGUUGCUUGGAGCAGCCUUAAAAGACCCAGAAAAUCAAAGAUUUGUCCUCCUUUCUGACAGUUGCGUCCCCCUUUACAAUUUUAGCUAUAUAUACAAAUAUUUGAUGGCAUCUCAACGGAGUUUCGUGGACAGCUUUCUUAAUGUAAAGGGUAGCAGAUACAGCCCAAAAAUGUCACCUGUUAUUCAAAAAGACAAGUGGCGAAAGGGAUCUCAGUGGAUCUCCUUGGUAAGAAGCCAUGCACAAGUUGUUGUAGAUGAUGAGAUUGUUUUUCCAGUUUUUAAGAAAUUAUGCAAGCGACGCCCUCCCGUGGAUGCUAGCAAAGGAAAGCUGAAUAUGAAACUUCAAAAGCAGCACAACUGUAUACCAGAUGAACAUUAUGUGCAGACAUUGUUUGCAAUAAAUGAGCUUGAAGGUGAACUUGAGAGAAGAACAUUGACCUAUACCUUGUGGAAUCAGUCCGCUAUAAAGACACAGAAUAAUUGGCAUCCUGUUACAUUUGGCUAUGGAGAUGCAGACCUUCAACAUAUCAAGGAAAUAAAGGCCAUCAACCACGUGUACUAUGAGACUGAAUUCCGGACAGAGUGGUGUCGUACUAAUUCUACAUUGGUUUCCUGCUUCCUAUUUGCAAGGAAGUUCUCUCGCGGAGCUGCCAUGCGCCUUUUGGGGGAGGGCGUAGUAGGCCCUUUUGAGUUCUCUGCAUUAAUGGAUUCACAUCCGUGAUCUACAUAACUCUUAUACAUCUCGUAGCAGUCAACUGACCCCUCUGGAUCCAAUAUGGCUAGCUAGCAGAAUGAUCGCUAGAGUUUUGCUAAUACACCACAACAUCGUAGACAGAGUAGAUAUUCAUAUUAUCACCAUACAGAAGUACACUACAACAUAUAAUUACUGCUUAAUGAAGAAGGUAGAGUUGGAAGAUAAGAAGCGCUGCAAGGAUCCGAUACCAUCAUCAUUGUUCCGUAUGAAGAUCUUGCAAGUAUCCCUUUCUUAUUGGAUGGUUGAAAUAGUUUGAUAGUUACAUUCUUCACAUGGUAGGAAAAGUAGCCAUAUUAUUACAUUUUUCUUUAACGCAUGAUUAGUCCAUAAUAACAUGGAUUAUUAUUGAACCAAAUCUAAUUUUCACAAGAAAGAUUUCAGCUUCUCACUUGUUUUUCUUUAAUUUGUACCUUCUGCUUACAAAUUACAAACACAAAUGAAUUGACCUUGGGCUA